AUGUCAACAAAUACUAACCGAAGACGUCGUCAAAAGCCAGCCGGUUCUAAUUCCAAUUCUGCAAAUCCUAACACCGGAAAUCGUAACAAUGGUAAAAUUGAACGAGUCAAUAUACCCGAAAGCGAUCGAUUGCCGCUGCAGACAAAAAUAUCCAAUUUUCUUGCCAGCAGUGAAGAUGAAAUUGUGCUAAAGGGCCUGAGUAAUUUACAUCGGAAAUAUUUACAUCAAUAUGCCGCACAGAGAGGUCUAAAGAGCAAGAGUUAUGGUUCAAAGAACAAUCGUGAACUGCACAUAAGCAAACGUAAACGACUGGUGACGCUGGGUAAUUCUCAGCCACUGUAUAUAGCGCCGGCCACAAGGACUAUGCUGCAGAGUCUUAUGCCGGCCAUACAAUCACAAUUGGUUGCCAAUCAGGCUCUACUGCAAUCGAAUGCACAUCGACACAAAGGUAUACGCAGUGAAUCGUUGUCGGUCGCGUUGGGUCCGCGUAUGGUUCCGCCGCGGCCGCAACGUAUUAGCAAUGAGCUGUUUCGGGAUAAGCAGGAAUUGCCGAUCUAUCAUUAUCAAGCGGAGUUACAUCAAAUGCUAAAGCAACAUAAUGUCUUUAUUAUAAAUGGUGAAACAGGUUCGGGAAAGACAACACAAGUUCCCCAAUACAUUUUGAAUGAUGCGACAAGACGUAAUAGGCCUUGUCGCAUUGUUGUUACACAACCUAGAAGAGUUGCUGCCGUUUCUGUGGCCCAUCGUGUGGCUGAAGAAAGAGGAGAACCACUGGGAGAAACAGUUGGUUAUCAAAUACGUAUGGAAAGUCGUGUUAAAAAGACAUCCAAUUUAAUCUACACUACAUCUGGUUGUUUUCUACGCUCCUUAAUGUCGGAUGUUCGUGAUCUAUUCCGCAAGGUGACACAUUUGAUAAUCGAUGAAAUACAUGAACGUGAUAAAAAUACCGAUUUUACCCUGAUCACCGUCAAAGAACAACUGAAAUUGAAUAAAGAUCUCAAAGUUAUUCUCAUGUCUGCCACCAUGGAUAUUCAAUUAUUAUCGAAAUAUUUUGAUAAUUGUCCAGUAUUAAAUGUACCCGGUCAGGGUUAUGAUGUAAAAAUCUAUCAUUUGGAGGAUAUACUCUAUCAUACGGGUUACCGGACAGCUCUAAUGGAAAAAUAUCUACGUUCCAUGAAUGACAAUUUCCAAAUGCCGGUAACUAUGUUUGAUGAUAACAUUUUAGAAUCGGGACGUCGUAAUACAGCCGAACGUUUGGAAGAUGAAUAUUUACAGCAAGUACUGGACACGUUAAUUGAACAGUGUUGUGAUAGCUUCGAAAUGAAAUCACGCGAGGAAUUACAUGAAAUGUUCGAUCAAAUCCAAUAUUAUAUUGAAAGUGAGGGUAUGUCCAUAAAUGCAGGACACUCGGAAAGUGGUAUAACACCAUUAAUGGCUGGUUGUAAAUGUAAUAUGCCGGAUUUUGUACAAUUCGCCGUACGACGACAAGCUAAUGUGUUGAUACGUGAUAAUGAUGGUUAUGAGGCAAUUGAUUAUGCCCGACUGCAUCAGGAUGGUUUGUGUUUACAGAUUAUCAUGAAUGCCUCACAAUGUAUGAACAGUAUGAAACAACAGGAGGAGUUGAGUCAACAGGAUAAAGAAAAGCAGAAAGUAUUGUUGGCAUAUCAACAACAAUUUAAUGAUGACAAUGAAGUCGAUCAUGAUUUAAUAUUAUCGCUACUUGAGGGCCUCUAUCGUAAUGCCCAUCCGGGUGCAAUUAUGGUAUUCUUGCCCGGCUACAAUGACAUAGUGCAACAGAGAAAUUUAAUACAGAGCACAUUACCCGGAGGUACUUAUAAAUUGUGUAUACUGCAUGGACAAAUGGAUUCAAAGGAUCAAUUUGAGGCUUUGCAACAACAUCCUGUACGUAAAAUUAUACUUUCUACAAAUAUUGGCCAGACAUCAAUUACAAUACCCGAUUUGGCCUACAUUAUUGAUUCGGGUAAAGUGAAAAUGAAUACCUAUGAUUCCAUAACGGAGUCAUCACAACUGCAAUCUAUAUGGAUAUCACAAGCUGAUGCCUGUCAAAGAUCUGGCCGUGCUGGACGCACACAAAAUGGUGUAUGCUACCGUUUAUAUUCCACGGCAAAAUAUCAAUUUAUGCCACAAUUUAGCAUACCCGAAUUUAUGCGUAUUCCGUUGACAGAGAUUUGUCUGUAUGCCAAAACCUUAGAGCCGAAAUGUGAAGUUCAACAAUAUUUACAGAAAUCCCUAAAUCCUCCUUCCAGUUUCAGCAUUCAAAAUGCUUUGAGAAAAUUAAAAAUUCUAGGCGUGUUUCGUGAUGAUGAAUCGGUAACGGAAUUAGGCAAACAUUUGGUGGAUAUACCUUUGGAUGUACAAUUGGGCAAAUGUUUGCUUUAUGGGGUGUUUUUAAAAUGUUACGAUCCCAUACUGACUAUAUGUUCUUAUCAUUCCGUCAAGGAUCCAUUUAUAUUGCCAACAGAUCGUUCAGCCCAGGGCCAGGCUUCAUUUCAACGCAAAUCAUUUGCCGGGCAAUCGUUUAGUGAUCAAAUGGGUAUAUUGGCCUUGUAUAAGGCGUAUAUGGAAAUACGUCACAACCCGCGGAAGGUGAGAGAAUUCUGUAAUAAAUACUUCCUUUCACAUUCGGCCAUGGAAAUGUUCUGUGCCACACGUAAACAAAUCAAUGAUGUUAUGAAGAAUAAAUUCAAUAUCAAUUAUAUGGAUAAAAUGUUUAACAACGAUUGGCAUAUGAUACAAUUGUGUUUGGUGGCGGGUUUUUAUCCAAAUGUGGCAUUAAUCGAUCGCAAAGAAUUUAAAUUAAUAUGUGGAGCAGAGAAGCAAUUGAUUUUGCAAAGAUCAUCGGCCCUGAAUCCGCCUGGCAAGAAACAUCUAAAGGAGUUUAUUAAUCAAAUGCCACACGAUUGGAUUGUGUUUUAUGAGAAGUCGCGUAUCUCCAACACGUGUACGAUUAAUAUGAACACCGUUGUUCCCGCAUUGAUGAUUGCCCUACAAUGUGGUCGUGAUUGUGAGGUAUUGAAUAGUAUGGCUGGCGGUGUAUAUGGUGAGGAGGAGGACUAUGGGGAUGAUGAUGACGACGACGAUGGGGAUUAUGAAGAUGAUGAGGCCGCAGCGGCGGCAGGUGAUGAUGCAAAUGCCUCAGAUUCGGAAUCCUCUGAAAAAUCCCUUAAUACAUCAAAUUCUCCCCCCGUACCUACAAAUGAUUUCGAAGCACUGCAACUGAAAUUGGCCAAGACCAUGGAAAACAUAUCGCUGAGUAAAGCCAAUAGUAAAAGUAUUUUAUCAUUGGAUAAUUGGAUCCGAUUUGAAUUAUCAUCGGGCGAUGCCAAGCUGUUGUUGCUUAUGCGCAUUGCCCUGCAUACCCAGUUUCAGGCAUUUUUAAGAACUGGCCCCAAUACGAAUACAUCUAAUGUAGCUUAUUGUUUGCAAAAAUUAUUGCAUUCUCUAAACAACAAUGGUCAAGUAAUGAAAUUUUCAGUUUAAC